UUUCGCAGGCCUUCUUUCUGCUUUCCUGCCGUUUCACACAAUUAAUUUCAACUGAAAGUCAGGGUGUGUGUAUUUUUUAUUUUUGUGUGUGUGAUCCAGCAGAACCUCGCCAAAUUUUGGCGAUCGAUUGGAUUUGCUGUUGUGAGCUGAAAGGAAGAUUGUGAGCCGUGUCUUGUGAGAUCAUGGCGAAACGAGGCUUUAUCUGUGGCUGAUGCCGUAACAUGAUCGGUGGUCUGUACGGCGGAAUCAGUGGAAGUUCAGGCUUAAAGAGAGGCGUAGACCAAAUGAUGGGCUCAAUGAAUGCGAUGAUGGACGGCGGGUACGGAAAUCACAUGGGUUCUUCGGAAAAUAACAACGAAGCCAAAAAGAUGAAGGUGGACGGCGCCAAUGGGCCGUCGCGAGUGGUGCACAUUCGCAACAUUCCUAGCGAGGUGACGGAGGCGGAAGUGAUCCAUCUUGGAAUGCCCUUUGGCAGGAUCACGAACGUCUUGGUUUUGAAAGGAAAGAAUCAAGCGUUUCUGGAGUUUGGGGACGAGGCGAGUGCAAAUCAAAUGGUGACUUAUUUCAUGACUGCUGCGGCCCAAUUGCGUGGGCGGACUGUCUAUGUGCAGUUCUCCAAUCACAAGGAGUUGAAAACUGAUCAAAAUCACUCGAACUCGACGGCGGCGGCUCGUGCCGCUCUGCAAGCUGCGCAAGCGCUGAACUCGGGUGGAGUCCCGGAAACCCAAGGUGGACCAAACACUGUUCUUCGAGUAAUCGUCGAGCACAUGCUGUAUCCCGUUACUUUGGAAGUUCUCCAUCAGAUCUUCUCCCGCGUUGGUCGUGUUCUCAAGAUCAUCACUUUUACAAAAAACAACACUUUCCAGGCGCUGAUCCAGUUCCCAGACGUGGUGGCCGCGCAGACGGCGAAGCUGGCCCUGGACGGACAGAAUAUCUACAAUGCGUGCUGCACGCUGCGCAUCGAAUACUCUAAGCUGUCCAACCUCAACGUUCGCUUUAAUAACGACAAAAGCCGGGACUUCACGAAUCCCUCACUGCCGUCGGGAGACAUGAGCAUGAUGGAUCAUUCUCAGGUUGGUUUCGGUGGGCUGGCCGGUCUGGGAGGAAUGGGCCUAGCAGGAAUGGGGCUUGCUGGCGGGCUGCCCGGAGGACUGCCUGGUGCACUGGGCAUGGGUCUCGGAAUGCCCGGCCCGCACCCACUACACGGCGGCAACAACGUCUUGUUGGUGUCCAACCUUAACGAGGAAAAGGCUAAUCCCGACGCCUUGUUCACGCUUUUUGGCGUCUACGGCGACGUUCAACGGGUCAAGAUCCUCUACAACAAGAAGGACUCGGCGUUGAUCCAGAUGAGCGACGCGCAUCAGGCCCAUCUCGCCAUGACCCACUUGGACAAGGUUCAGGUCUGGGGCAAGCCGAUUCGUGUCAUGUCGAGCAAGCACCAGCAGGUCCAGAUGCCGAAGGAAGGUCAGACUGACGCUGCCGAACUCACCAAGGACUUUUCCAACUCUCCGCUGCACCGGUUCAAACGCCCCGGGUCCAAGAACUAUCAGAACAUCCAUGCCCCGUCCCAUACGCUCCAUUUGUCGAACAUCCCAACAUCUGCCGAAGAGGACACGAUCAAGGAAGCAUUUGAGAGCAAUGGAUUCACUGUGAAGAACUUCAAGUUCUUCCCCAACGACCAUCGCAUGGCGUUGAUUGAGUUGGCGAGUGUGGACGACGCCGUCAUGGGGCUCAUGAAAAUGCAUAAUCACCAGUUGUCGGAGACGAACCACUUGAGGGUCUCGUUCUCAAAAUCGGUCAUCAAUCACUGAGCGGGAGAAGAAUGGGCUGGCGAAAUUGGAGCUUCUUUUUUUCCCUUUGGGUGUCGCUUAAUCCUUUUUUCCCCCUUGAUUCUGUCUUUGUGUCGUGCUUUUGUGAGAUCCGCGUUUGUUUGUUUGUUUUUGGAUUUUUUCUUCGUGGGAAUGCUGUGUAAAUAGCGGCUGAGUCGAGAUCGGCACAAAAUUGAAUUUUUAUUGAUUAUGCGUUUGUCUCCGGUUUCGCUUCCAAAAAGGUUUGACACUUUUGGUGACUCGUUUCAGUCUAGAAAACUUGUUAAUUUAUCGUACCAUAUUUACGCGAUUUUAGGCCGCACCCUAAUUUUUGACGAUGAUUUUAGGGAGAUGAAUUUAAUCGGCCGCAACAGUGAAAAUUUCUGAGGAAAAUGCGAAACCUUUACGGUGGCGAGAAAUGCUGAUUUUCUAAAGGAAUUAGGAAUCGUUUUUUAUGUAUUGUGAUCUCGAGUGUAGGCCGCCCGUGUGAGACUACGAGUUUUUGGGCACAAUUUUUUUUUUUUUGGAAACGAAGAGCCGCCUAUGAUCGCGUAAUACGGUAUUUGGCAAUGCGGAAACAGAUAAUUCUGUGCGAAUAGGUUGAAUUGAGUGACUUGAAGUUUGCAAGCUUAAUGUGGAAGAGAAUCGGAGGCUUUUGUGUGGUUGAUGAAGCCGGAAAAAAAGAGAAAAACUCGGUUCGCCCCGAGGGUGGGGGAGAGUAUUACGUGUUGACAAAGGCAUUUUCCUCAGUUGUUUUGCGAUAAGACCCGAGCCUGAGGUUGUGAAAAGCGUCAACGUGUUUCCCGACCUGGCGCUUGUCCACGACCCGUUUUUUUUUCCCUUGUUCCGAAAUUCGCACCAAAGUUUGUUAUUCUCCUUAUUUUUUUCUUCAUGUUCGUUGGCUGUGUUCGUCGCUUGCUUGAGUUGCGCCCUUGUUUUUUUGUAGUGCAGUGUUCCAUUAUUUUUUUCUUGGAUUUCUUGAACGAAAAUUUUCUCUUGGGAUUUGUGAACAAGCGCCGGAUUGGUUAGCCUCCACGUUUUUUCUUUUGUUUUUGUUAUGUUUUUUUUUUGGAAAGACACACAAAAAGUCCGAGAAGAAAUUCCCUUUGGAGGUAGGGAACGGCUCGGCCCAAAAAAAUUUUGUAAGUUAACUGGAUUUUGUACAAGUUUUUUGGAAGAAGACCCCGCGGGGUAUCGAAGAUGAUGGAAAGUGAGGGUUUUUUCGUUUCCUGCGGGAGGGGGCAUAUUUUUCUGAUUGUCUAGCUUUUUUGGCUAUUCCGUCUGUUGAUGUUUUUCUUUUUUCUCUUUCUCUAUCUUCGUGUCGUGGAGUAUUUUCGUUUCUCUCUGCGUGUUCGUGUCUCCUGCUCGUGUACAAUUCGCUUCAGCUGCUGUAUUCGUAUUUCGGAGAAUGACCGAUUUUCUUAUUCGUGGGACCUUUUUUUCCGAAAGGAACACGAAUUUGGAUCAAUCGCGAGGAUUGACUCGUGGUGUUUCUCUUUCA